AUGGAAGAAGAUAGGCAAGCCAGAUUUAAAUUUAAAUCAUUUGCGGAAGGAAGGUUUCGCAGGGCCAGAUUUGAAUCUAAAUCAUUUGGCCAAGGAAAGUUUCGUAGAGCAUACAGAGGAAAGUGGACGGCACCACGUUAUGCUGCAGGUCACACAUGCGUCGUGAAGGAGUUCAAGGAAACGUACACCUGGAAGCCAACAGAUUGGGACGAGACGGUCAUAAUCAAUGACAGAGCGAAAGAGCUUGCAGCUGGGUUUAACGACGCAGUCACUACCACCAAGCCAAUAUCGUUCACAGACGUCCACGUCAUGGAAGUUGUGUCCACUAGUGACCCCUACACAACACCGAGGCUGCAUGAGUGGGUCACCGGUGAAGAUUUCAUUCCUGGCACAUUCAAUAAAUGGUGCAACAACUAUGGCUACAUCAGCACCGAGUCAUCCAGCCUGCCUGGCUUUAUGCACUGGUCGUGGUACGACACUCGUGGGGAAGAGAUGGUUGCUGACCUGCAGGGCGUUCGAAACUCCGACUCCUUCAAGCUUACUGAUCCUGUCAUAAUCUCUCUGGAGGAGGGCUACGGAGCUACUGACAUGGGAGUGGAGGGGAUGGCCAUGUUUUUCCUCAACCAUAAGUGCAACAUUUUCUGCCGGGACCUCCCUGCACCUAAGUUAGCUCAUUUUCGUCGCGUCAUCCCUCAGCCGUACUUGGAGGCUGCCAAGACACUAAUGGCUCAGGUCUACAACUCAACCACGUACAGAAUGGAGCUGAAAUUCCCACAAGACAUUCGUGGUCGCGUGGCAGCGAGGUUCCGUGAAAUUGCCACGAAUUAA